AUGUAUCCCGAGAGGCCACAGUUCCCGAGCGACGAAAGCUGGGUCUCACCAGCGCACGAGGACAACUGGGAUGACCCAGAUGCACUCGGAGCCUUUUACCCUUAUUCUGAGUCUUUCACCUGCGAAUGCCGUGCAUUUGGCCGACUCCAAGAGGCCGGUCACGAAGAACUAGCAGUCAAAUGUUUCGGCUAUAUUCUGCUGGAUGAUGCACACGAAAACACCAUGAUGAAUCAGUUCGCCCAUCUCCCCGCCCACAAACUCAGCUUCACCUACGAUGGCUAUAAUGAUGAUGAUGAUGAAGAAUAUUACAAUGAUCCUCACCUUCGAGAUAUGAGGUCUCGUUUUCGUCGCAGCGAUGGUAGCCUCCCACCACUUCGAGGGAUCGUUAAGGAGUUUGGAGUGAGCAAAGACUUGGAUCACAAAGGCGCCAAAAGGAUCCUCAGAGACAUCAAAUACGUACAGCAACUUGGAAUUACGGACCUAGAUAUUGCAUACCGGCAGAUCAUCAAUGGUAAGCUGUUCAAUUUCAGCACAUCCACCACGUUUCCUCAUUUUGCCAGCAACCCAGAGUGGAAUCCACAUCUCACACAACGUUGCAGAUCGAAGAUAGAGUUUGAGCUCUUCGUCACCUGCUAUAAGGACUUUCGAGACUUUGAUGUAAUGAUACACGAAUGGAACGAGGAUCACAAGGACAAGCAAAUCAAUGCCAAAGCCCUGCCCGAAGGAUACCCCCCCGAGAGCAGGCGGUUGAGAAACACUUCGGCCCAAAGGCGCCUCUAUACUCAUGUUGAUCCUAGGAACUACACAAGGUAUUUUCCAUAUACUAACAGUCGAGGAGAGAUUGUCCAGAGAGAACGCGCUCUUGGAAGGAAGCCAUCCGCGUGGUAUAUGGAGUGCUCAGCCGCCGUAGUGCGCAGACUCAAAGAAACCAGAAAGAUUGACGCCGGUCUUCAUUGGCAGUACCUGAAUGGACAUAUCGCGCCGUUGAACUAG